UACCUUGUAAAUCAAGCGAUUUUUGUAUAAAAAUAAUGAUGCUCAAUAGCGAUGAAAUGUUAUUUUAUUCAAUUACAGAUGUGCUCUGUAAAGCAUGGAAAAUUCCUUUCGCAAAUAAGCCUAACACAUUCGCAGUAUUUCCCUUAAAUCAUACUAUGUAAAACGCUUUCAAAUAACAAUAACUGCAAUAAUUUUCACAUCAAUCUGUAUAUAUAUUACAUAUAUUUUGUUUAGCAUAUAUAAUGCGCUAGACAUGUUCAAUAUAAUGCUCAAAAAACAUUUUGAAUUCUUAAUACAUUACAUAAAUAUAAUGCGUUACAUUUAUGUUUUUCAUGCCUCAAUAUAUGUAUACACAAGUAUUUUGCAUUUUAAAGAAAAAUGAAUAUUAAUGCAUAUGUAAUUGCGGAAUUUCACGAUGGACUUCAAUUAAUACCUGCAUUGUGGUACAAUGCAGAUAGAAAUUCAAGUAUUUGGCCUACUCAUUUUAAAAGUAAAUUUAGAAUAAAUAAAGCUAUAAUGACAAGAGAGAUGCCACAAAAUAUUGAAUGGGACGUAUUACCAGUAAAAAGGAUUUUUGGCAGAGCAGAUAAUUACGAAGAAGGAAUGGAAAAAUUAGUCCUUGCAGAGGACACAUCUAAUAUAGAUGUAUCUUCCGAUGAAUUAAAAAAUCAGAAGAAAAAAAGAAGACGCGAGAAAGCCAAAAAAAUUAUAUCAUCUUCUUCAGAUGAAGAUAUAUGUUUUAAUGAAGAUAAACACAAUCAUGUAAGACAAACUGGCAUCAAACUCUUGCCUCCUUAUCCAGAAAUUGAAAACUUUGUAUCUCAAAAAAAACUGCACACUCAGAAAUCCAUAGAAAACAAUUCUUCAAAUGUAUUAUGCGAAAGAAAUACUUCUUAUACAAUAAAUGGAAGUGAUAAAAUUAUUGACAUUAAAAAUUUUUCAAAAAACAAAAGAUUUUACACAAAAACCUAAUGAAGAUAGCGAUGCAGAAAAUAGUUUUACACGUGGUAUGUAUGUAUAUAUA